AUGGUACUGUUGAACUUCUUCUUAUUUAUAGCCUAUUGCCGCUUGCUUGCUUUAGUGGAUGCAGCAGUCUCUUCUGUUGCUCCGCCAGGAUCACUACCAUCCGGAUCAGCUCCGUCAGAAUCGCAGCCAUCCGGAUCAGCUCCGUCAGGAUCACCGUCAUCCGGAUCAGCUCCUUCGGCUAGUAGCAGCAACUCACCAACAUUAACUGCAUCGUAUGUGAUUAAUGGCUCAAAUGUAAUUAAUUCUAGUAGUACCACCAUUAAAGAGACGUCUGUUAAUAAAUCGGUUAUUCUUGUUACUAAUCGUGGUAGUUUAACAAUAUCAAAUUUUACUAUUGUUAAGUUAAGCGGUGACACCACAUCUGCGGACGAUAGUAGUUUUUAUGGCUUAAAUAGUGGUGUAGUAGCUUCAAAUGGUGGUAAAAUUAAUAUUUCAAAUUCUGUUAUUCAAACAUCAAGUGAGGGUUCAAAUGCAAUUGUUUCUACUGGUAGUCAAUCUAUUGUCUAUAUCGACAAUAUCAUAAUAAACACGACAAAAGAUGUUUCUCGUGGAUUGCAUGGAACAUUGACAGGCACAAUCAUUGCAGAUAAAGUCAAAAUAACUACAACAGGAGCUCAUUGUGCCGCACUUGCCAGUGAUCGUGGCGGUGCUACUCUACUCAUCACUAGAGCAACGAUCAACACAUCAGGAUCAGGUUCACCUGGUAUUUACAGUACCGGCAAUAUUACAGCGUCAAAUAUUCAAAGUGUGGCAUCGGGUUCCGAAGGUGCCGUAAUUGAAGGUAGAAACAAUAUAACAUUGACAGAUUCAACAAUUACCGGUUCAGUUCGGUGUGGUGUCUUCUUAUAUCAGAGUUAUUCGGGUGAUGCUGAAACGGGCACAGCUGAAUUCACCAUGACAAGAGGAUCAAUUACAGCGCUGGCUGGACCACUUUUCUUUACAACAAAUACAGCAUCACAGAUUCAACUUAGCGCCGUAGAGCUUAUCGGUUCGACAUCACGCAUUUUGCUAUCCGCUGGUGCUGAUCAAUGGGGAACAACAGGUUCAAAUGGGGGGCAAGUACAAUUUAAGGUUACUAAUCAAACGCUUGUUGGUGACGUGAUAUGUGACAGUAUUAGUACCAUUGAAAUUACGCUCGAGACUAAAUCGUCGUUCACAGGUGCUAUUAACUCAAACAACACGGCUAAAAGUAUUAGUUUGACACUUGAUGCUUCAAGCACUUGGAAUGUGACAGGUACGAGUUAUUUAACAACGAUAACAAAUGCUGAUACAACUCUGAUCAACAUUGACGAUAACGGAAAUAUUGUCUAUUAUCUUUCGACUGUCUCAGGAAACACUUAUCUGAAUGGUAAAACAUAUUCGCUCAAGAAUGGCGGCAAACUCAUUCCAUAUGGAAAUGAUAAUAAUAUCGUCGUUACUACUACUACUGUUGGAAAUUCAGCUGCUUCCACUGUUUCUGGAUAUACGGGAAAAUUGAGAUAUUGGUUAUGGUGGUGUUUGAAACAAAUUACAAACGAUGGUCCUAAACCAAUUAGUUAUUUAUCACGUAGAUUAAAACCAGCGGAAAAGAGAUAUAGCACCACAGAAAAAGAAUGUUUGGCAAUGGUAAGAUGUAUUAAAGAAUUUAGACCAUAUUUAUUGGGACCAGAAUUUACGGUGGAAACUGAUCAUUGUCCAUUAUGUAACUUUCAUCGAAAAUCAUCAAAGAAUGGGCAAAUUGAUAGAUGGUCCAUUGGAUUAGGCGAAUAUGAUAUUGGCAAAUGA